CGACCGCGCGUGUCCAAGAAAACUAACAAGUUCCUGUUCCACGUUGGUGCAUCCCAGUUGCUCCCAUUCUCGUCCCUUCUUGGAAAUCUUACCCUGUUCAAAAACCCUAGACAGGGAACAUUUUCUCAAGGCUUUGUUUUUUUUUGGGGGUGGGGGGGGGGUAUUUUUUUCAAUUCUUGAAGCGAUUCGAUUUCGUCAGGAUUUCAAGAAAAACCAUAAGCAGAGCAUGAGCACUCUUGAUGUGAGGGGGCCUUCUCUUAGAGGGUAUCGACGGAGGAAGGCAGUGCUGGAUCUAAAUGUUCCUCCCAGUGAAAUCAGGGAACAGGAGGGUACUUCGCAACAGGCUGAGCCUGAGGAAGUGACUAACCAGCCUGCACCAGCUGCAACUAUUGAUGUUGAGGCUAUUGAUGAUGAUGUAAUUGAAUCUUCUGCUAGAGCAUUUGCAGAGGCUAAAACCAAUUCAAGGAGGAGCCGAGGAAGGACUGUUUUAGUUGAUGUAGAUUCAGGCCGACCAGCUAGGUCAACUAAUAAUAAUCAGAACAGGCACAGAAGACUUCCUCCAAGUCCAACAGUUAUCAAUUGCGAUCAUUAUAUCAUUUUAGAAAGUGCAGCAAAGUCGACUGUGGUCGAGGAAAUUAUAGAGCCACAGCCACCUCCAAAGGAACCAACCUUCAGUUGUCCAAUUUGCAUGGGUUCUUUAAUUGAGGAGAUGUCCACAAGGUGUGGGCACAUUUUCUGCAAGGCGUGCAUUAAAGCUGCAAUAGCUGCCCAGGGAAAAUGCCCUACUUGCAGGAAAAGAGUCACUGUUAAGGAACUAAUUAGGGUCUUCCUUCCAGCGGCCAGUUGAAUAUGAGCUUCAUGCCCAACUAGUAACAGAUAAUACAAACUGCCUUUGAGAAGGGAAAGAAUCUAAGGAUUUGGCUUGUCAGUGGAGCUAUUCUUUGAAUUUUGGAGUUGCUGACAUGUU